AACAUGCUCUUUGAGGGCUUGGAGCUGGUGUCGGCGCUGGCCACCCUCGCCGCGUGCCUGGUGUCCGUGACGCUGCUGCUGGCCGUGUCGCAGCAGCUGUGGCAGCUGCGCUGGGCUGCCACACGCGACAAGAGCUGCAAGCUGCCGAUACCCAAGGGCUCCAUGGGCUUCCCGCUCAUCGGAGAGACCGGCCACUGGCUGCUACAGGGUUCCGGCUUCCAGUCGUCACGGAGGGAGAAGUAUGGCAACGUGUUCAAGACGCACUUGCUGGGGCGGCCGCUGAUCCGGGUGACCGGCGCGGAGAACGUGCGCAAGAUCCUCAUGGGUGAGCACCACCUCGUGAGCACCGAGUGGCCGCGCAGCGCGCGCAUGCUGCUGGGCCCCAACACGGUGGCCAACUCCAUCGGCGACAUCCACCGCAACAAGCGCAAGGUCUUCUCCAAGAUCUUCAGCCACGAGGCCCUGGAGAGUUACCUGCCCAAGAUCCAGCUGGUGAUACAGGACACUCUGCGUGCCUGGAGCAGCCACCCCGAGGCCAUCAAUGUGUACCAGGAGGCACAGAAGCUCACCUUCCGCAUGGCCAUCCGGGUGCUACUGGGCUUCAGCAUCCCCGAGGAAGACCUCGGGCACCUCUUCGAGGUCUACCAGCAAUUUGUGGAGAACAUCUUCUCCCUGCCAGUCGACUUGCCCUUCAGUGGCUACCGGCGGGGCAUACAGGCUCGGCAGAUCCUGCAGAAGGGGCUGGAAAAGGCAAUCCGGGAGAAACUGCAGUGCACCCAGGGCAAGGACUACUCGGACGCCCUGGACAUCCUCAUUGAGAGCAGCAAGGAGCACGGGAAGGAGAUGAGCAUGCAGGAGCUGAAGGACGGGACCCUGGAGCUGAUCUUUGCGGCCUACGCCACCACGGCCAGCGCCAGCACCUCGCUCAUCAUGCAGCUGCUGAAGCACCCGGCCGUACUGGAGAAGCUGCGGGAGGAGCUGCGGGCCCAGGGCAUCCUGCACAGUGGCGGCUGCCCCUGCGAGGGCACCCUGCGCCUCGACACACUCAGCGGGCUGCGCUACCUGGACUGUGUCAUCAAGGAGGUCAUGCGCCUCUUCACACCCAUUUCUGGCGGCUACCGCACCGUGCUGCAGACCUUCGAGCUCGACGGUUUCCAGAUCCCCAAAGGCUGGAGUGUCAUGUACAGCAUCCGGGACACCCACGACACGGCACCCGUGUUCAAAGACGUGAACGUGUUCGACCCCGACCGCUUCAGCCAGGCGCGGCGCGAAGACAAGGAUGGCCGCUUCCAUUACCUGCCGUUCGGCGGCGGCGUCCGGACCUGCCUGGGCAAGCACCUGGCCAAGCUGUUCCUGAAGGUGCUGGCGGUGGAGCUGGCCAGCACCAGCCGCUUCGAGCUGGCCACCCGGACCUUCCCCCGCGUCACCUUGGUCCCUGUCGUGCACCCCGUGGAUGGCCUCAGCGUCAAGUUCUUCGGCCUAGACUCCAACCAGAACAAGAUCCUGCCGGAGACGGAGGCCAUGCUGAGCGCCACGGUCUAACCUGGCUCGCCCGGCCCGCACCCGCCUCAGCCCAGCCGGCAGCGGGUGGGGGUGAUGGGAGGUCAAAACCUGUGGGUGCGGGGGGCUGGAACCCAAGGAGGGCCAGCGGCCCCCAUACUGCCCUCCCCUGUCUCCCCUCCCUGGCAAACCCUACCCAAAGCCAGAAGGGCCCCGUCCUCCCCGAUUCCCACUUCUCCCCAGGCUCCUCCACUUCCACCAGCUUAGUUCCUGGGCAGGUGUGGCCCGGGCCCUGCAUGCCCGUCACAGUGUUAAGUGUCUGUCGGCUCAUGCUACAGUGUUUGCUUGUGAUGUUCCCACCUGGCCUCUUCGCUCCUAUUUCUUUUGGCCCCUUUUAGUUGAAUCAGGGGGUUGAGCUGGGGGAGGGAGAAAAAGAGGUGCCUCCCUGGUGCUCUGUCAGUGUCCCCUCGCCUGCCACUGCUCAGACCAGGCUUGUGCCCCUUGCUUGUGGCUGCCCAAAGAACAGCAUCCUGGGUAAUAGGACAGCCUCGGUGGAGGCAGGGGCAGGGGCUACACCAUCCUGCAGAGCCCUCCCCGCCCCCUCCAUCCCCUCCCCCCCACCCCGCCAGUUUGGACAUUUGAAAUUACCUAUUGCUGCUACUUGUUCUGUCCUCUGACCUUGGGGCAAAGUAGUCCCAGGCCUUGUCCCCCCAGCAUCCUCCCUGGUGGCCCUGGGCAGGCGCACUGACAUCCCACCCUCCCACCAGGCAGGACCCGCUGGGCCAGGCCCACUCCCUGCUCACGCACGCUCAGCAGAGGCCCUCGGCUCAUGGGCUACCCGCCCCUUGCCCCAUAUUUAUUCACUGAUAGAGAAUCUUGGCCAUACUGGGGUCUGGAGCAAACAUCUCCUCCAUCCCCUAGCCUCCGUCCCAGCCGUCCCAGGCAAGACUUCUGCAAGUGAAGAUGAAGGGGUCUCUGGCCAAACCCGGCCCCCUGGCCUAGGGGAACAGCCCUUCCAGACUCCAGAUGUUACUUGGGUUUUACCUCAGAGCCUCGCUCCGAGCUGAAAUCCAGCACCUCCGCCUGUUGUUCCCUGGAGGAGAUGGAGAAAUGGCCCACUGCCUCCUCCUUGUCCUGUCAAAAACCCUGAUCACGUGGAUUUGGAGGCUGCCAUGAUUUCCUGCUUGGCCACUAUUCACCCCAGGGCCCCCCUACUUGAGCUAGUGAGUAGGGGAAGGAUACGGGUUCUUUCCUGUGACGGGGAGUGAGGGCCUCCGUCAUCUUCCCCUCCGUAACCCUCACCCUUUGCCCUUACUUAGCCUUUGGAAAGGUGUCCUUGAUGUCCUUUCCACCUCUAUGCCACUGUCUGCCCAGCCCAGCUCAAGUGUGGGGACGAAUUGAAAGCAAGGGGUGGUGAGCUUAGAGACAGUCCUUCCUCAGGGCUGACUUGGGGCCUGGUGGCCUCCAGCAGCCACGGGGAGGCUGCAGCGGGAGCUGAGGAGGAGGGUACGUGUGACUUGUCAGAAGCGAUUGAGAACGGGCCAGUGGGGACGGCUGGGAGCAGAGAAGUAGCUCCUGCCACUGGCGUUUUGAGUGCUGGCAAUUUGGGAUGCCUCCUGGGGAUGGUCUGGGGGCCUUUGUUGAGUCUCUAAGCAAUUUUGUCUGUUUUCAGAUUUUUCUUUGCCUUCCAUAUUUCUCUAUUGGUUUUUGAUGUUAUGAAAGCAAUGAAUCCGCUUUACGAGAAAAUAAAAAACACAGAAGAAUGCAGACAUGACGAUCUCCGUAACUGCCGCUGCGAGCAGCUCAGUGUUUCCUACUUUUUCGCUACUAAAAACAAUGGGGAACAGACAUUAUUGGCAAAAAUAGUUAGAGAUUUUAAGAAAACUAGUAAAAUCCCUCAAUCCCCCCAAAUUCUGAAAAACAGGCCAGAAUGUGUAAAGACUCAUCAAAGCUUGCAAAAUAGCUGCAUGGUGCACCAGAAUCUGUUACCCACAGAAAAGCCCAGUGUCUGGAAGGUUCAUUUCCCUUUAAGCUGAUCCAGCUUGCCCUGAACCAAUCGUUUUUGACUGAGUAUCUGGGAGUGCAGUAAGUGAAGCUUCAGACAGGAAGCCCCCCAGGUCUGGCCCUGGGGAGGGGCGGGGGCUGGAGGGCUCUGGGGGGGUCUCAGGGGCCUUCCCUUGGGAUGGCCGGCCUGGGAGGGGGCAGAGAAGGAAAAGCUGAGGGGGAUCCCUAUGAGGGAGGAAAGAAGGAUCGUUUGCCCUGCUGGGUCUCAAAGGCAAGGAGAAGAGGCCUGCAGGAAGCUCGGGCUGGCGGACAGGAUUCCAGGGUUGCAACUCGUCCGUCCGUCUCCUCUGUAGAGCUGUACUGAGAUACCUGUAUCCGUGUGUUUGUGUGUGUGUUUUAUAGACGUAGCAUUAGAUGGGUGUUUUCUCACUUACCGUUCUUAACUAUUGUAACUUGACAUUAAAAAGACAAAACCCCACAAAACUCUUCCUGCCAUGGGCUUGCAGAUUGAAGCACUUUCGAUGUUGGGCGCUGGCGUUUGUGUUCUGGGCACCAUCCUGACCUUGCCCAGAUGGCUAUAAUAUUAUUUUAUACACAAAACUUUUUUUUUUUUCAUAAAUGUUAUAAUUUUGUGUCUGUCUUUAUAAACUAUUAUAAGUACUAUUUUUGUUAUAAUUCAAAAUAGAUAUUUAGUAUAAAGUUUUUUGCUGUUAAAUAUUUGUUAUUUAGUAAAAUAUGGAUUUUUUUCUCUAUUGUAAACAUGGUUCAAAAUAUUAAUAUGUUUUAUCACAGUUGUUUUAAUAUUGAAAAAGCACUUGUGUGUUUCGUUUUCAUAUGAAACUGGUGCCGUGUGAGCGUUUUUGCUGUCAUGUGGUUUUAAUCUGUAUAUAAUAUUCCACGUUGCAUAUUAAAAAAAAUGAAUGUUGUGCAUUUUGUGAUUUUUGGAAAUACUCAAUGUGGCUCUUUUAUCGGCUUCCAUAAUAAACCGUGGGGACUCAC